UUAGUGCUCAUCUUUAAAUUUGGGGCCAUAGAGUUUAUGGCUCCAAUCUUCGCCAGAAGCACCAUGACCAAUUAUUCUCGGGUUCCCAUUCUCCUAUUCAUGUUGAACCUCUUGGGUUCUGAUCCGGACAAAUGCUUGACUCGGGCUGAUUUGGCGGUCCGAGUCCAAUAUGGGGGUCAAAAGAGCCAAGAAGAGAACGUGGAAUCCAUCCUCCAAAGGGAUGUCUACGAGCAAGUGAUCUCGGGCAAUUCGAGUAUGGACACGGUCACCAUUGAGUUUAAAUUGCCUGAUGGCACCAUUGUGACUCAAUUGACCGAUUUUCGAAUGCAAUCUCAGCUGGUAAGAGUGUUCCUUUUGGGGGAAGAGGACCUGGGUGAGCCCCGGUCACAGGCUUUCUGUUUCGUGUCUGCAUUCACGGGGGAUAUGAUCCCACCUGAGGCUGUGAUGAAACUUCGUCAGAAGAACCCAUGGACGAUCCGAGUGGCGGAUGAAGAUCGAGGCCAGGUUGAUCAGGAAUCGCCUUUGAUUCUCGAUUCCAGCGCCAUUCGCCAGUCAGCCGUGUCCUCACAUCUGCCUUCGUUCUGCAAAGAUGCCAAGUCUGCCACUUUUUCAUCCGAGCAAGAGCUGUUCAAUAUCCUGGAUUCGGUCAACGGACCCGAUUUCAGUUCCAUAAGCAAACCUGCCAUAGAGGACCACGUGUCUUUGUCGCGAUGUCAUGUUCUUCCACAAACAUCAAAGAACCCUUGUCUUUGUAACUUGAAGAUUUGCUUUGAUUGGUAUCCGUGCACAUUGAAAUACUGCAAGAAUAGCGAAGGCGAAGGCGAACACCGAUGUGGCAUUAGAACCUGCCGAAAAUGCACAAAUUUCUUCUUCCCCGUCAAGUCCAAAAAUUCCUGCCUUUGGGAUCCGAAAUAGUGCAUUCAUAAACAAUCUCGAGAGCUUUGAUCUUUUCCACCCUUCCUCCCCGCAAUCCUCACCCCAUCCAAUAUUUCUAAAGAACUUGGAAGAAGCCAAUAAAACUAUCACUAAAUAGACAGUUUCUAAUGCACCAA